UUGCUCUCUUCUCCCUUCAUGGAAGACGCUGCCUCGCUCUUUGGUGUCGAGAACCAGGACUCCAACGACAUUUUUGCGUCGCUGGGCGGCGAUGGAGUGGCUCCGGACUCUUCCGACGAUUGGCUUCAACCCUCGGCUCCUACUAAUACCUCAAUUCCCCCUCCACCAGUUCGCGAUGCACCGCUAGAAGCUCCGGUUGAGCCUGCCAAGAACUAUAACCCAUAUGCACCCCCAACGAAUUCAUAUAAUCCACCGGCUAGUUCAUACACUCCAGCAGUGAAUUCGUAUACGCCCCCAGCCAAUCCUUACACUCCAUCGACUCCGGCACAGUCGACCUUCAACGCCUAUGCACCACCAGUGCCGUCUCCGUCGACGCCAUACUCGCCACAAUACUCUGCAGCCUCGACAAACCGUUAUGAGACGACUACGACGCCAUUUUCAGCCCAAAAGGUUGCUGUACCUCCUCCCCCGGCUCCUGCUACCUCAACGCUGAAUCGUCCGAAAAUAUCGAAUGCAUAUGACCCGCCAAUAUUUACCAGUUCUCGCAGACAACCAUCGGCGACCAGCCAGAACUCGGCAUACGCGAGAUAUGCAUCACCCCUUCCUCCUGCCCCACCGCCAGCUGGCCAAUUCACUUCCUCUGGCUAUGCAAUUCCGCCGCCGCCGCCUCCACAAGAACGGGCCAGUCCAGUUCCAAAUUGGUCGGCAGCACCACCACCACCACCACAUAUGGCUUCGUCACCGUAUAGUGCAUAUGCGGAACCGCCUAUUCGCUCCACAUCGCCAACAAAAACUUUACCUCCCCCUCCUCCACCACGUACUUCGUCUCGCGCCGAGUCUGUGACUCGUUCUUCCAUCGACCAAGUUCAGAGAACAGCAUCUCCUGCUUCUUUUGCAACGCCAUCACAUUAUUCACCAGAAACACAGUCAAAUGUCGCUGCACCCGAAAGAACUGCCUCUCCAGCUUCAGUUCAUUCGUUGGAUCGAACUCGGAGUCCUCCUGCUAAUCCAUAUAUGCCAAGGGCUCCUUCCCCUUUGAAGAAGUCUUCUAUGAGUGCUUAUGACCCUCCUCCACCACCCCCUGCUGUCAAUGGUCAUGCUUCCCACGCGCCGAAUGGCAUGUACAACUCAUUACCCAAAUCGCAUCCCGUUCCACCACCUCUCCCUCGUAACCGGUCGGAAUCGAGUGGUUCUAUCUACGAUAUUCCACCGAUGCAAACAGGGCACUCGAGUCAAGUUCCCCCGCCUUUACCUCGUAACCGGUCAGAGUCGAGUGGCUCUAUUUAUGACCCACCAUCAAUGAAAACUGGGCAUUUGACUCAACAACGAAGCGAAACAGACUAUGGAGCUUACUCAUCUCGCUAUAACUACGGUGCUGCUCCCCUCGAGGCACCUGUCAUUGACCAUUCCCUCUCACAAGAGGUAUUAGUCAAACCCGCUCAGACCAGUGCUUACGCUCCUUCGCCAUCGUUGCUUGGCGCCAACGACCCUCUUGGUCGGACCUCCUCCCGUGCACCAGUCUUUAGCUUCGGCUUCGGAGGAAAAUUCCUGACUUGCUUCCAUGGAGCGUCGAUUAACACUGGCUUUGAUGUCGCGCUGGCUUCCAAGAACUCGACGGGUAUUCAAGUUCGAUUGCUCAACAAGAUAAUCCCACAGUCUGCUCUUGAAACAACUGCAGUCGUCUUUCCCGGUCCAUUAUUCUCUGAUCCUGGAACGCCCACGAUGGGAUUGGUGCGGACGACAACAGCGUCUGGUCAGACAAAAGCGAAGAAAGCCAAGCUUGUCAAGUACCUGACCGACAGAGCGAGUGAAAUCUCUCAAGCGAUUGGAUACCUCCAUACGGGUUCGAUGGAGGCUUAUUCAGCGGAGGGCAAGCUGGUUCUUGUGAACUUGCUUAAAGUGCUUGUGGAGAACGAUGGCAAGCUCUCGGGAACGCCUCAAAUUGACUUAGCUGUUCGUGCAGCUCUGGUGCCCAGAUUGGACAUAGCAGCGGGCGAAAAUUCCGAUGUUUCUGAUCCUUCGUCCUUCACGUCGAUUGCGGACCUCCAACGACCGUUGGACAAUGGGAUGUUCCCUACCACGACAUCAAAUGGAGGGGAGGCACCCAUUAUGGCGCCGGUACUGCGGCCCGAGGCGUUAGAGAAAAUUCAAGAGUUUUUGGUGCGAGGCGAGAGGCGAAAGGCGUAUCAUUUCGCGCUGGAUGAAAAGCUUUGGGCCCAUGCGAUGAUUAUUGCGAGCAGCGUCGACCGCGAUGCUUGGAAGGAGGCUGUUAACGAGUUUUUGCGGGCGGAGUUGGGGCCGAAUAGUCUUGGCGACUCGGCGCAGCUGAAAAACGGGCGAGAGGGUCUGCGUGUUGCUUACAGUCUCUAUUCGGGACAGGGAGCCGCUGCUGUUCAAGAGAUGGUUCCACAAAAUCUUCUCUCGCGAGCUGCCGGUCGUUUACAGCUGCCUACUGCAGCGCCGCACAAAACACCCCUGACACCUAAUUUCGCCGCGCCAGCUACCGCUAAUAAUAUUCCGACUGAAUCGUUGGCUUCGUGGGCGGAAACGGCUGCGAUGCUGCUUUCAAGUCCAAUGACUUCCGACACGUCUGCGGCGUUGACUGCUCUGGGUGACCAGCUGUUGGCGCAUCAGUGGGUCGAGGCUGCUCACGCAUGCUACCUCUUGUCUCCACAAACAUCGCCGUUGGGCGGACUUGGCAACGCGACUGCCCGCGUCGUGCUACUCGGAUCAAAGAGCCCGCAAAUUUGGACAAGUUUCUACAAAGACUCAGAUCCGACGAUCUUGACUGAGAUUCUUGAAUUUGGACUCUCGUUGAAUACGCCAGCCAAAGGGCAGGAUGCAUUCUAUGGGUUCCCCCAUCUGCAAGCAUAUCGCUUCAUUCGCGCAAUCGGGUUGGCGGAGUUGGGAGAGAUGCAACUGGCCAGUCGGUACUGCGAGGCAAUCUCGGUUUCUUUCAGUCGCGGAUCACCCUAUUACACGCCGAUCUUGGUUGACCAGCUGAAAGCGCUGUCAGACCGCAUCGUGGGACUGGAUCAUGGGGAGAAAUCUGGCUUCUGGAAGAGCACACCCAGUCUGGAUACAAUUGGGCGGUUCUUGGAAGGCCGCUUCACGAAGCUCGUGACGGGUGAUGCUGACCCAUCUACUCCGACAGACGACCAAAUGCGGAUAAGCGACGCGAAUUCUGGUCCGUUUUCGCAGUACAGCUAUAUUUCGUCUUCGGCAACGUCUUCGACGAGCCCCUCGCCGCAACCGUCGCUGUACAACCUGAAUGCCCAGCCUCCUCCGCCACCUGCCAGAACGGGUUCUGCAAUGGGGCAAUCAAAUUUGCGUUCCCACGCGCCGAUUGAUCGUGCGGCAUCAGCGAUGGAACACGUGCGACGCAAGCCGUCAUCACCAGCACCUGUCCCGCGUAUUGCUUCUGCCAACGCUUCCACGACUACUUUUGCGCAGGCCCCCUCCUACGUCAGCGCCUACUCUAAUUACUCGCCCAACCCCUACAGCCCGAAUAUGGCUACACCCAGACCCACGCAAGAGACUACUUCUCGUGAGGAGGACACAGAGGGGGGCCAGGAGGUCUCGUGGUGGUCGUAUAGCAACGGCAACGACGACUCAGCCAACCAGACGCCUAUGGCGGCCACAUUUAUGCAGGUCGAUGCGGGUGUCAACUCCAACGCAGAUGGGUUCAUUUCGCUUAUGCCGGAUUCGUCCUAUACUGUCGAAUCUGGAAACUCCCGGCAGCGACAGUCUUUGUCGCAUGAGGAGGAUGAGGAAGACGACCUUGGGUUUGGAAAUUCCAAGAAGCCGAAAAAAGAGGCGAAUGGGGAGCAUCAGGCUGCUGCCGCAUCUGGACCAACCACCGCGCCUGCUGCAGCGGAGCCUCAACGCCCGGAUGUCAAGCCAGCGCCGGCUGCUGCGAGUGGAUCAUGGUUUGGCAGGUGGUGGAAACGCCCUGAUGCGGCGACAACACCCGGGCCCGUCAAGGCCAAUUUGGGCGAGGAGGUGUCGUUCUACUACGACAAGGAGCAGAAGCGCUGGGUUAACAAAAAGGCCGGUGCUGAAGAGGCCAAGCCGGCUACCCCACCACCGCCCCCACCGUCAAGGCCACAAACCGCAUCUCCUGGGAUGACUGGGCCACGGCCGGGUGGAAUGACUCCCCCACCACCGCGUGCCGCGUCUGUUUUCGGUGACGCAAACGGCACUGGGAAUGGGAUGCACAAGCCACCGAUGCGGGCGCGGUCCAACUUGGCGCCAACACCCGAGCCAGACUCACACCGGAAUCUUUCCACGCCUUCCCCCCCGCCCGGGCCACCGGGCCGGCCAAAGUCGCAGGCGUCCAAGCGCGCUAUUCGCAGUCGGUAUGUGGACGUGUUCCAGCAGGAGGGGGAGAGCGCUGCGUAG